CGUCCUGGAGCGGCCGAAAGGGCUGCGCCUCUGCGGCGCUGCGGCUUGGAGUCCGCGCGCAGGUGUUUGCCCAGCGAGGUAGAGAGUGGGGGCGAGCGCCUGGAUAUCCACUUCUCCCCCAUGUACAAAGAUCUCUACAGCCAUGCCAUGACCCCUUCAGCUGACAGGCACCUGGAGAUGGAAGCAGCUCCACAAGGAUGUUCAGUAGCCUGGUGCCUGUCCAGAUCAGGAAUCUGGUGGGAAGUUACUGGCUGUUAACAAGGCAGUUGCUUUAGUAAAUCUUCUCUACAGAAUUCUCGAAUUCAGAAAUAUUUUAUCUCAAAGAAAAUGAAACGAAAUGCCACCAAAACGAACGCCACCAAAGUCAGCCGCACCCUAUCAAGCAGUAACAAAGCCAGGGAUUUAAAGUACAAAAUGGCGAUUAUACCAGAUUGGCUUACUUCGUAUCCUCAAACACGAAAAUUUACAUAUUCAAGACCCCAUUCUUCACCAUGUAGAUUACAUUCAAAGAAUGGUUUCCAAAAUAUCUUCAGACCUUCUUCAUCUUCAACCACAGCUGUUGCAAAUCCAAUACUGUCCUUCUUAGAUGUUAAACGGAUUUUAUUUCAAAAAAUUACUGAUAAAGGGGAUGAGUUGAAAAAAGCCUUUCAACUGCUUGAUUGUGGUCAGAACUUGACAGUGUCAAAAAAUGAACUGCGAAGAACUAUCACAACCUUCCUGAUGCCUCUCACGAAAGAACAGUUUCAAGACGUGUUGGCUCAGAUCCCCCUCACCUGCUCUGGUUCUGUGCCAUACCUUGAAUUCCUGUCCAGGUUUGGUGGAAUUGACCUAAAUGUAAAUAUUAUAAAGAAGGGAGGUGGGAAUGAAAUUAAUUGCUGCCGGACAUUAAAAGAACUUGAAACCCAAAUGGGAGAAAAGGUUUUCAAAAACAUUAAAACUGUUACCAAAGCCUUUAAGCUCAUUGAUGUUAACAAGACUGGACUGGUUCAACCACAUGAGCUAAGAAGAGUUCUGGAGACCUUCUGUUUGAAGUUAAGGGAUGAGGAAUAUAGCAAGUUUUCAAAACACUACAAUAUCGAUAAAGAUACUGCAGUGGAUUACAAUGUUUUUUUGAAGAACCUCAGCACAAAUAAUGAUUUGAACCUUAGAUAUCUUAUGGGAAACCAAGAUGUCUCAUUAGAGUGUCAACAAGGCAAAAAUUCCAAAAAGGAGCAUUUACUCAAUUCUGUGUCACCUGAAGAUACCGGGAAAACCUACUCCUUAGAUGAAAUUGAGAGGACCUUUUGCAAAGAGUUUGGGAAGUCCUAUGAAAAGAUUGAAAAGGCUCUCGGUGCAGGGGACCCAUCUAAAAGUGGUUAUGUGUCUUUUAAUUACCUAAAGAUUGUCUUUGACACCUUUGUAUACCAAUUACCAAGAAGAGUUUUUAUCCAGUUAAUGAAAAGAUUUGGACUUAAACCCACCACAAAAAUCAAUUGGAAGCAAUUUCUAACAUCAUCUUUUGAGCCUCGGGAGUUGGAUAUUAGCAAUAUGGUUCCCCCGAGAAAAAGAAAUGGCUUCAGCUCUAGAAAUCAAUCUCGCAAGAAAGAUAUCAUCACAAAGUUAUUUAGACAUUCUGAAGACUGCUUUGCAGCAUUGAAGAAAGCAUUACUGGUGAUCAAUACUGAAACUCAUGGACAGAUAACAGGGGAAGAAUUGCGACAUAUUCUAAAUAGCAUGGUUGUAAAAUUAAGCGAUUCAGAAUUCAAAGAGCUAAUGCAAACUCUCGACCCUGGGGGCACUGGAAUGAUCAAGGUCUCCAUGUUUGUUGAUCUGCUUGAUGAGAAUCCAAAGAUGAGGAAGAUAUCACCCUGUACAGACACCAAGACCCCUCUCCACCUGGCAUGGGAUUCAGUAGAAGAAGUUGUUCAUGAUGCAAUUAUUAGGAGUCUACAAGCUUUUUAUAACAUGCUGCAAUCAUAUGACCUUGGAGACACAGGGCUCAUUGGUCGAAGUAAUUUCAGGAGACUCAUGAACAUAUUCUGCCCAGUUUUAACAAACGAAUACUUCCUAAAACUCUGCAGUAAGUUUCAAGAUGAUGCUUCAGGAAGAAUCCAUUACAGGAAACUUUUGGCAAGCAUAGGAAUUAAUGGCCCACCUGUUGUCUCUCAAGUUCUUACUCCAAAGGAUCAGCUAAGUGAACGUUUUCAAAAAGUGAAAGAGCAGCAGCCAGACCUUUCUGAGAGAACCAAGCCCACAGAGGAUAAAACCACCCCGACCAAGAAUAUGACCAAAGAAGAAGUUAUCAAAAAACUCAAAAGCUACAUACAGCAGCAGGACCCAGCAUUCAGAAAACGAUUUCUUGACUUUGGCAGAGAACCUAAUGGAAAAAUCAACAUGCACGAAUUUAAGAAGGUACUGGAAGAUACGGGAAUGCCCAUGGACGAUGACCAGUAUGCUUUGCUGACUACAAAAAUAGGCUUUAAGAAAGAAGGGAUGAGUUAUCUUGAUUUUGCAACAGGAUUCGAAGGUAGCGAAUGGCCAGAUACUCAAAGGACUAGGCCAAAAGCAGACCCACCUCUGACUCCAAUUUCUUCGAGAAGUCAUCUGGACAGCCACUUUAUAAGUGCUGAAGAAUGCCUGAAACUCUUCCCCAAGAGACUGAAGGAGUCAUUCCGGGACUCCUACUCGGCCUUCUUUAAAACAGACACUGACAGGGAUGGCAUCAUCAACAUGCGGGACCUUCACAGACUGUUGCUGCAUUUGCUGCUCAACCUCAAAGAUGAAGAAUUUGAGCGCUUCCUUGGCCUUCUUGGUUUGAGACUUAGUGUCACUUUAAAUUUUCGGGAAUUUCGGAAUUUGUGUGAAAGGAGACCAAUCAGUACAGAUGAUGUACCUCAAAGACUCGUUAGACCAAAACAGAAGGUCGCAGAUUCAGAAUUGGCUUGUGAACAGGCUCAUCAGUAUCUUGUUACCAAAGCAAAAAACAGAUGGUCAGACUUGUCUAAGAAUUUUAUAGAAACCGAUAACGAGGGCAAUGGCAUUCUUCGACGACGGGAUAUAAAGAAUGCUCUGUAUGGUUUUGAUAUUCCACUCACACCGAGAGAAUUUGAAAAGCUUUGGACAAGCUAUGACACCGAGGGAAAAGGGCACAUUACUUACCAAGAGUUUUUACAGAAAUUGGGUAUUAACUAUUCCCCAACUGUACAUCGGCCCUAUGCAGAGGACUAUUUCAACUUCAUGGGUCAUUUCACGAAGCCACAGCAGAUACAAGACGAGAUCAAGGAGCUACAGCAGAACACGGAGAAGGCCGUGCCGGCCAGGGAUAAGCUUAUGGACCAUUAUCAAGAUAUUAGCAAAGCACUCACCAAAAUUGAUAAAUCUAAAAAUAGCUACCUAUCGAUAUGCAAGCUACAGAAAGUGCUGCAAGAAUGUGGUUGUUCUCUUACAGAAGAGGAGCUGAUCGAUCUUCUAAGCAGUUGGGAAAUCAGCUGGCAUGACAAUUCUGUCAGUUACGCUGACUUCUUGGAAGCAUUGGAGAACAGCAUGCCAGCAAGAGCUCAGCCAAGAGAGGAAGAGGAGAGCCCACCAAUCAACUUUUCCACGCUGACCCCAGAGGAGCUUGUGAAGAACAUCCAGGAAGUGGUUGAGUUUUCCCAACCCGAUCUGUUAAAGGCAUUUUCUGCACUGGAUAAAGAGGACACAGGAUUUAUAAAGGCUACAGAAUUUGGACAAGUUAUUAAGGAUUUCUGCUACAAAAUCACAGAUAGUCAGUAUAAUUAUUUUUUGAGGAAACUAAGAAUUCAUCUGAUUCCUGAUAUAAAUUGGAAAUAUUUCCUCCAGAACUUCAGCUCUUUCCUUGAGGAGACAGCUGAUGAGUGGGCUGAGAAGAUGCCCAAAGCCCCGCCGCCCAGCCCCGCCGCCCAGGUCGACAGAGACCUCCUGGCUCAGCUCCACAAGGCAGUGACUUCCCAUUACCAUGCCAUCGCCCAGGAGUUUGAGAACUUCGACACCACAAAAACAAACACGGCCUCCAGAGAUGAGUUCAGGGCCAUCUGUAACCGCCACAUCCAAAUCCUGACGGACAAACAGUUCGACAGGCUCUGGAACGAGAUGCCGGUCAACGCCAAGGGCAGGCUGCGCUACCUGGACUUCCUGAGCAGGUUCAGCUCCGAGAGAGCGGCAACACCACCAGUCGCUAGCGACUCACUCGAGGCCCAGAGAGGGAGCAGCGUUCCCGAAGUCUCGGAAGGAGCCAGAUCUGCCGUCUCGUCACCCACUCAGGACCUGAGAGCAGGGCUCCGGUCUCAGAGUCACCCCUGUACGCCAGCGCGUAGCACAGAGGGCUCGCCGCCCUUGCAGAACUGCGAGCCCAUCGAGAGCAAGCUCCGGCGGCAGAUCCAGGGCUGCUGGCGAGAGCUGCUGAGGGAAUGCAAAGAGAAGGACGUCAACAAGCAGGGGGAGAUCACCUCGGCCGAGUUCCUGGCUCUUGUGGAGAAAUUCAACCUGGACAUAAGCAAAGAGGAACGCCAGCAGCUCCUCAUAAAGUACGACUUGAAGAACAAGGGGAAAUUCGCAUACUGCAACUUCAUUCAGAGCUGCGUCCUCCUGUUAAAAGCAAAGGAAACCUCCCUGCUGCAGAGAAUGAAAAUCCAGAAUGCAAACAAAAUGAAAGAAGCUGGUGCCGAGACUUCGUCCUUUUACUCUGCUUUGCUGCGCAUUCAGCCCCAAAUCGUGCACUGCUGGCGGCCAAUGCGCCGCACGUUCAAAACCUACGAUGAGGCUGGGACGGGCCUUUUAAGCGUGGCCGAUUUCAGGAAGGUCCUGAGACAGUACAGCAUCAACCUGUCUGAGGAGGAGUUCUUCCACAUCCUGGAGUACUACGACAAGACGCUGUCCUCGAAAAUCUCCUACAACGACUUCCUGCGGGCCUUCCUGCAGUAGCGCCCCAGGGGCACCCAGACACACAGACGGGGCCACGGGGCUUGAUUCAGGGCGAAUCAGAUCAGAUAACUGAGGAGUUUAAUGAAUAUUCCAAAGUAUCUCCAGGAACAAAACCCUAAGCCGAGCCUGGCCUGUGCCUGUCCUGGCGGGGCUUGGGCUGGGCUGUCCCCAGGCCUCAGGCGCCUUCCCCCAUUAGUUCGCGCAAUAAAAUGGUCUUUGCAAGAAUGACGCUUGAGACAUUAAAAGAACUGCUAGUGACG